GUUAUUUUUCAUUGAUAUACUAAUUGUAUCUAUCAUAGGUCACCACUACCAGCUCAUCUUGCAGUCUUAGAUUAGGGAGGAAACACCAGAGCAUCAACAGGUGAGAAAAAUGACACAAAAGGAACAGGAAAACUUUUUGAAAAAUGCAAUUUUAAUUGUUGAUCAUACGAAAACUGCAUUGAUUGCAUUGGUGGAUUUAGAUCUUCAAAACAAAAGUCUAACAUUUGAACAAUUUCUCAAUAAGAACCAACAUGAAGCUUACCAUUUGUGUUACAAUAGAGGUAAAUGCUGUCAGUGUGCUUGUCCUUACAUGUUACCGUCUGUUCGAAUCAUAUAUCCAGCGCAGCUAGAACUUUUAUAUGACAAAUUAUCACAAAAAUUACCUUGUCAUGUUUUGAAACUCAAGACACUGUCACCAGUAUGUUGUAGUUUUGCACAAAACGGAAUAUCAACGAAUGUGUUGGAUAUAUCAUUGGCAAGAUGUAUUCUUACAAACUUUUGCCAUGAAGUCUUUUGGUAUAGCUGCUUACAAUUCAAAGGUGAGUCUUUGGAAGAUUACCUGAACUCAAAUAAACAUACUAUAUACCAUCUUUUGAACAAUAAUACCAAUUGUUGUCUGUGUCCAUCUGGCUUUGUAUUUCCAUGUGAUCGACCUCAGAUCAUUCAUUCAGAAUGGAACAACAUGUUUUCGUCUCUAUUAUUACCCUGUAAAAAUGACAGAAAACGUUCAUAUAAUGGCACAACCAGUAUUUGCUCCGUGUCCGCCACACCGGGAAUCAGUAUUCACCAUUUAGAUUUGAAGCUACAAGGGGUACUUCUUCAAUACUGUUGUCCAUUGAGAAAAAGUGUGGCCGAUUUAGCUGACAUAAGAAACGUAAAAUACGGUCAUGUUCAGGAAGCAAGAAUGUCCGAUGUAGAUUACAAGCAUGUUUUCAAUGACAUAGAAAAAAACCUGAUGGCAAUAGCAACCGUAUGUGGAAAUAUAGGUGAAGUAAAACAGAGUCUUCAAGAUUUACAAAAUAGAACAUUAGAUGCGACAUUAUGUCUUCAAUAUCAGAAUUCUCUGUUAGAGCACCUUCGUUAUGUGAAUGAAAUGAAAGAUAAUAUUCAAAUCUGCUGUAAAGAGGUAAAGUCAUCUGUAGGAAAACUUAAAAAAGAUUUUUCAAAGAAAAUGUCUAAACUUGCAAAUGAAAAAACAGUUGAAGCAAUUGCAAAUGAGGUCAAGGACUUAAAAAUUCGCAUUCCCCGUAAACUCGACAAGUACUACAAGACAAACUGCAGAGAACAACGAACUAUCCAGCAUUCUGUAAAUAAAUUAGCAAAACAAUGUAAAGAGCAAACAAAAGAAGUAGAUCAAAAAGUUAAUUCCGUUGUGAAGUCAAUUGCAGAUUUUAAAACAAAUAUGGACACGCGUUUGAAUACCGUAGAAAAUACAGUAGAAAUGAUGUCGAAAAAUGUUGAAGAACUUGCAAUAAGCAUUCCAGAAAAAGUAGAGAAAUGCAUAGAUGAAAAGGGUUUGUCCAAGAGAUCAAAGCUCAUUGGUUUAACCAUGUUAGAAAUUGAUAAUCACAGCAAGGAAAAUACAUUCGUAACAACGUCUGUGGUUUCUUCCUGUGUGCAGUUACUUCAAGAUAACAAUAUAUUGGUACUCACUGGACGAGCUGGAUCUGGAAAAAGUAGAAACAGUUUGGAAAUUCUACGGCAGUAUAAACUUCAAGGGUAUGAUGUCAUUAAAUUAUCAGACUUAAAAGAUUUUGAAGAUUCCUUUAAAGGAGAUGUGGAGACCAUUAUUUUGUGUGAAGACAUAUUUGGUAGGACUAAUAAUGUAUUUACUCAGAAUUCAGAUAUUGAAAUACUCGAUAGGGUUCAUGCUUAUGUCAAUAUGGGUAAAACAAAAGUAAUUUUUACUAUUAGAGAUAUCGUUAAACGGUCAUGUAAAUGGGUGUUCUCAUCGUAUAGGUUAUUUUAUAAAAGUGUUGAAGUAGAUCUUUGCUCAAAGGAAUUAGAAUUAAAGAUGGAGGAAAAGAAAGCAUUGUUUGUCGGGUAUUGUCAUGUUAAUAAUUUUCAGAUAGUUGGACUGAACGAACAAGAAAAUUUUAAAGACGAAGUCAUUUUAGAUGACAAAGUUACAGUCAAACUGAAUCGUAUUACCCUAAAUCAGGUUAUAAAAACUGAGCCAAUACUAGGUUUCCCCCAAACAUGUUGCCUUUUUACAGGAAAUAGAAAAUUUACUAGACUAGGGGAAGCGUUCUUCAAACACCCGUCCAGUUGUCUGACAGAAGAGAUAGAAAAUUUGCGGAAAUCUGGCAAAGAAGUUUUUUCUGACAAAAUAAAAUACUCUUUGCUUGUAUAUGUUCUCUUAAAUGGAGAUCUUUUAGAUAAAAAUCAAAUAAACUCUAACAAAAUGAGCGAAAUUAUAAUUUCAUGCUACGAUUAUAGUCCAAAUUCCAUUUCGGAACAUAAUAUCUUCGAUGCAAUUGAUGAGAUGAUUGGUCAAUAUCUAAUAAAAGGAUAUUGUACAAAUUCCUACAAAUUUCAGCAUCAGACAGUAUUUGAAAGUGUUCUAAUUUCAUACAGUAGAAUUAAUCCAGUGCUAAUUUUGUCUAAAUUGGCGUUUGAUUUUAUCAGAGAAAUGGUGCGCCUUGAAGGAUUUCAAGAAAAGGAAGGAGAAAUAGUCAUGAAGAUUCCUGUCAGAUACUAUCCAAAUCUUUGUAAACGCAUUAUUCAAAUUCUCCAAAACGAAUAUUCUCUGAAAUCUCAAAGUUUGAUUCAGCUUUUAUGUGAUUCAGAAAUAAUGAGAGAAAAUAACGUAACCUUUGUUGAACAUUUGAUUGAUGAGGCCCAUAGAGUUUUGCCGUUGCAACACUUGAAAAUUAUAAUUUCAUACCAAGACGAAUCAGAAUCGGUCAAUUUCUAUCUUCCAGUCGCUUUACUUGAAAAUGUUAUCAAACAGAAGAAUAUGACAGAGUCGCUGUUUCCAUUGUUAUGGCACACUCGCUCUAUCUUUCAAAACGAUAGUAAUAAUGAAAUAAUUCAGUGUUGUAAAGCGUCUGUAUUGUCAGUAUUUCUAUCUGCUGUAGUUCAAGAGCAUUCAGAAAAUAUUCUCAGACGGAUUUUGAGUAUGAUACAAGAUUUCAAACUUACGCGUGAUAACGACGAGUAUUUCACAAAAGUUGUUUGUUCAACACCUCCGACGAACAAAAAACUAAUGAUAUGGCUGCUAGAAAAUAUUGGCAUGGAAUAUUUAGACAGAAAAGCCUUAUGUUUUGAAAUAUGCUUUAGAUCCUGGACAAACCUUUUGCACUUAUUGACGAAAGAUCCUAGCACUGCUGGAAUUGACUUAACGUGUCUAAUAAAAGAGUUAUGUAGUUCAGGAAAAUAUGAAAUUGUGAAAUGGUUAGUAGAGAAAAUAAAUUGUUCCCUUAUAUCUAUGGACAUAAACAUUAACGGAAAAAAGGAUGAAAACAUUCAUUGGCUUCUAGAAAAUGUUAACAAAUCAACGUUCAAUAUGCAAACAGCUAUCAGAGAACUUUGUUCAUCAGGAAACAUACAUAUUGUUCAGUGGUUCAUGCAAAAUUUCAAACCAAUUUCCGUUCUUGAUAUGCAAACUGUUCUGAAUGAAGCCUGUCGUGCAGGAAACAUCUGUGUGGUAACAUGGUUGAUCAAAAGCACAAAUAAAUCUUUAUUUGACCUUAACGAGGCGAUUUUAGCAGCUUGUAUCAGUAAGAGAAAUGAUUUAAUAACACUUUUAGUAGAUAGCUUGGAUCCUUUAUCGUUUGAUAUGAAUAUCUUGCUGAGGAUGUGUAGAAAAGGGCAGAGUGGUAUUGUAAACCAAUUAUUACGAAUCAUUAGGCAUUUCACAUUACCUGAAGUCAUAGACUGUGCUAGAAAAGCGUGUGAACAGGACAAAUUAGAGAUAGUUCAGUGGCUGAUAAAGGCUCUGAAUUCAAAUAACUACCUUAAAUCAAAUUCUCUUUUUAAUAUGAAAGUGGCGUUAAACAUAGCAUGUCAAGGCGAAGAUGAAAUACAUAUUUUAGAUUUUUUGUUACAAAAUGUUGUGCAUAAACAAUUUGAUAUGAAGGCAGGAAUUGAAACGGCAAUAAGGGUAAAUAACAUCAAAAUUGUUCAGAUGCUGUUAAAAAGUGAUGCCCAUCAAUUGAUAUAUACCAAUAUUGCUUUGAAUUACGCGUGUCGUUUUAACAGAAUUGACAUAAUAAAAGCCCUACUUCAAAGUAUUAGUAGUACUGCUAUUGACAUUCCAACCAUGAAAUCUGUAUUGAACAAGGGAAUUGAAUUUAAUAGAUCAGAUAUAGCAAAGUGUGUGCUAGACAAGUGCGAUCAUUCUCUAUUUGACCUGAAAAGGAUAUUUACUGACGCUUGCUAUGAUGACAAAUUUGAAAUACUGGGGUUCUUGAUAUUAUUCGUUCAUCAUAAACUGCUUGACAUGAAUAAGGCAAUAUAUGCAGCACUCGAUGAGUUUCCAAAGAUAUCAUUGCGAGUUAUUGAGUUAUUAUUAACCCAUAGUGAUCGCUCAUUAUUUGACAUGGCGUAUAUUCGCGAAAUUCUUCAUCGUGCAUGUCGCAAUAAUGAAAUCCAUAAAAUCAAAAUUUUGGUAGCGCAUUUUGAUAAUACUUUGCUCGGUUUUGAUUCAGUAAUGAAUGAUGCGUGCAAAGAUGAAAACCUGCUUGUUGUCCAAUGGCUAGUAGAAAACGUUGACAAUACGUUGUUUGACGAUAAAACAGCACUAGAUUACGCUAUUGGCGAGGAUAAAGAGGAUGAUGAUGACAGUGAGUUUUUUAAUUUUGACAUCAUCGACUUUUUAUUGAAAAGAUUAGUUACUGAAGACGUGUUGCCAUAUAUAACAGAAAUGCAUAGACUAAUGAGAGUGGCAUGCUUCCACUUUAAAAAGGAUAUAAUCCAAUUGUUAAUAGAAAAAGUAGAUAAUUCUUUGCUUAAUAUAGACACAGUCAUGAAUCGAGCGUGUUUAUAUAGUCGCUUCGAUGUUGUCAAAUGGCUAGUUGAAAAUGUUGACAAUGGGUUUUUUGACGUUAAAUCAGCAUUAGUUAAUGUUAUUGGUGAGGAUGAAGAGUAUUAUGAUUACAAUGAUGACGAUUGUGGUGAUGAUGAUGAUCUUGAUUUUGAUAUAAUCGAACUUUUAUUAAAAAGAUGUAUUGAUGAAGACGUUUUGCGAUAUAACAAAAAUUUGAAAAAGGUAAUGAGAGUUUCAUGCUUCCAGUUUAAAAAGGAUAUAAUCCAAUGGUUAAUAGAAAAAGUAGAUAAUUCUUUGCUUGAUAUAGACACUGUAUUGGAUAUAGCGUAUUUUAAUGAUCGCGUGGGUGUUGUCAAAUGGCUAUUAGAAAAUGUUGAUAGUACAUUGGUUUUCGUAAAAACAGCACUAGAUUGUGUUAUUGAUAAGAUGGAAUAUUAUUAUUUUGAUGUUGACGAUGAUGAUCUUGGUGUUGAAAUAAUUGACCUUUUAUUACAAAGAUGUAUUGAUGAAGACGUUUUGCCAUAUAUAACAGAAUUGAAAGGGUUAAUGCUAGUGUCAUGCUUCAGAUUUAAUAAGGAUAUAAUCCUAUUGUUAAUAGAAAAAGUAGAUAAUUCUUUGCUUGGUUUAGACACAAUAAUGAAUCGAGCGUGUUCAUCUGGUUGCUUUGAAGUUGUCAAAUGGCUACUAGAAAAUGUUGACAAAACGUUGUUUGACGUUAAAACAGCUUUAGAUUGCGCUAUUAAAAAAGUAGAUAAUUCUUUGCUUAAUAUAGACACAGUCAUGAAUCGAGCGUGUUCAUAUAGUCGCUUCGAUGUUGUCAAAUGGCUAUUAGACAAUGUUGACAAUAGGUUUUUUGACGUUAAAUCAGCAUUAGAUUAUGCUAUUGGUGAGGAUGAAGAGGAUGAUGAUGACGAUGAUGACGAUUGUGGUGAUGAUGAUGAUCUUGAUUUUGAUAUAAUCGAACUUUUAUUAAAAAGAUGUAUUGAUGAAGACGUUUUGCGAUAUAACAAAAAUUUGAAAAAGUUAAUGAGAGUUUCAUGCUUCCAGUUUAAAAAGGAUAUAAUCCAAUGGUUAAUAGAAAAAGUAGAUAAUUCUUUGCUUGGUAUAGACAUUGUAUUGAAUAGAGCGUAUUUAAAUGGUCGCGUGGGUGUUGUCAAAUGGCUAUUAGAAAAUGUUGAUAGUACAUUGGUUUUCGUAAAAACAGCACUAGAUUGUGUUAUUGAUAAGAUGGAAUAUUAUUAUUUUGAUGUUGACGAUGAUGAUCUUGGUGUUGAAAUAAUUGACCUUUUAUUACAAAGAUGUAUUGAUGAAGACGUUUUGCCAUAUAUAACAGAAUUGAAAGGGUUAAUGCUAGUGUCAUGCUUCAGAUUUAAUAAGGAUAUAAUCAAAUUGUUAAUAGAAAAGAUAGAUAAUUCUUUACUUGGUAUAGACACAGUAUUGAAUCGAGUGUGUUCAAAAGGUAGGACUGAAGUAGUUAAAUGGUUAGUGGAACAUGUUGAUAAUACAUUGUUGAACUUCAACAUUGCAAUGAGUAAUGUCUGUUCUAGACUAGAUGGUUUAGAUUUAGCUAUGUGGUUACUAGCAAAUACUGAUGACAAAGAGAUUGACAUGAAUAUAUCAUUUAUCAAUGCUUGUACAAAAGGCAAUCUAGAUAUUCUUGAAUGGAUAUUCAAAAAGUGUGGUAGUCAAGUGUUAGACGCGAAGACAGCCCUGAAUGCAUCUUGUUUGAAUGGUAAUUUCAACACGGUCAAAUUCAUUUUGGAACGAUUCGAAACUCAACAUUUUGACUUGAGCACUGCAAUGAUAAAGGCGUGCCGAAGUCAGUCAAUAAACAGUGUAGAAAUUGGCAUAUGGCUGUGGAAUAAAUUAAACUGUGGUGAAUUUGAUAUAUCAAAGGCAAUGAUCAACGCCUGCAGGCAUGGCAAUUUAGGGAUGACUAAAUGGCUUUUGGAGAAAAAUGAUAUCGAUUUAUUUGAUAUGUCAGUAGCUCUCAAUAGUGCAUGCCAGAGUAACAAAAGUUUAGUGGUCGAAUGGAUGAUAUGUAAUAUACCUACAGAUAAAAUUCAUGUCCAAACAGCUAUCAAAAACACAUGCGCGAACAAUUCAAAUGACCUAUCUAUUAUCAAGUGUUUUAUUAAGAGUAGCGGAAAAAUGAAUUUAGACUUAAAUAUUCUUGUUAAAGAGGCUUGUACAUACGAAAGAACGGAUAUAAUAGAAUGGGUGCUUGAACAUUGUGACAAAGACUCCUUGAAUAUUUUAGAUCUACUUACUACCCUGGUAAGUAAUGAAAGCAAUCCGGAAACUUCUAUAAUAUACAGAAAUGAUAAAUCGAAACAUGAUCCGAGUAUGCAGAAUCUUAUUUUGAAGAUUUUAAAGAAUAACUCACAUCUUUGUUGUGGUUACAAUUCUAUUUUAAGCAAAGCAUGUUCGGAGGGCUGGAUCGACAUAUUCAAAUGGAUCAUAACGAAAAUUGAUUAUACCGAAUUAAAUAUCACUGACGCAGUCAAUAUAGCGUCACAGAAUGGAAGAUGUGACAUUAUCAGUUGGUCACUCUCAAAUUUAAACCCUGAUCAAAUCGAUGCCAAUACAAUCCUGGCUGAAGCAAGCGGGUUUGGCUGGGUGGAAGUUGUGAAGAACAUAUUCAGUCUUCCUAUAAAAGGUCAUCUCAAUUUCAGUAAUGCAAUGAAUGACGCCUGUGCAUUUGGGCGAGCAGAAGUAGUAAGCUGGCUUUUAGAAAAUAAUGCAAAAGAAAUGUUUGAUUUAUCUACAGUAAUGAUUGCUGCUUGCAUUAACGGAUGGAUGGAUAUUUUAAAUUGGAUUCUUGAGAAAACAGACUAUAUGUUGCCUAACAUUGGUUGUGCUAUAAUCGAAGCAUGUGCAGCUGGUAAUAUCAGCAUCGUACAGUUACUUUUCUCUACGUUUGAAAAGGAAAUGUUUGACAAACACAAAUUAUCAACAAGAAUAUGUGAAAAAGUUAGCAAUGAGAAAGUUGUUUUAUUUCUACUCGAAAAUCUAAAUGCAGAUGGCUUUCAAAUGGAUAACAUCUUAAACAAAGCUAGUGGAUUUGGUUGGUUAGAGGUCGUCAACUGGAUAAUGGAUAACGGACCGGAUAUCAAUACCGUUGGAGCAGCAUUCGAAAAUGCUUGUAAAAGUUGUGAGAUAGACAUAGUUAAUUGUCUACAAAAUAAAAUCAGCCGAGACAAUAUUCAAACGGGGCUGUUGACUGCAUGCAAGUCUGGCUUUGAGGAAAUAGUAGAGGUAUUGUUAGAUAAUCCAAAUCAUGAACAUCUUGAAAUGGCAACAUUACUAAAUGAAGCGUGUCGGUGUGGAGAACAAACCGUUGUAGAAGUGUUGCUUAGAAAAGUUGAUAACGCAUUAUUUGACAAACGAACUGCAAUUAACGAAGCAUGCAGAAGCAAAAUACCCGAAGAUUUGGUAUAUUUCUUGAUAAAAGACCUGCAAAAUAAUGAUUUUGAUAAUGAGGUCGUCAGUGAAAAUGCGCGCAAACAUAGCUGGACUAAGGUAAUGAUGCAACUCAAAAGGAAGUCGUAA